AUGCCUGCACAGGAUCUCUUCAGCCCCUCGUCUUCUGGUCCAAGUUGGGAUCCACUGGACGACCCCAACGACCACUUCACCGACCUGGAGAUCAGUGACACUGAGGACAACGAGGUGGUGGCACCUAAGCGGCGCCCCCCACCAUCUCCUGCACCUUACCCCCGGCCAUCUGUCACACGGCGAAGAAAGCUUCCUUUGGAGGAGCUCUAG